GUUCAUAAACCCCCUAUCCUAUCCAUCUUCUCCGGUUAACUUAACCAUAGUAGGCGCUCAUUCUUUUCCACUCCAUCACUCCAACUCACUACACUCCAAUCUGCAUUCAACCCAUUUCCCCCCUUCCUUCUCCCUCCUAUAUAUAUCCCUCUAAAGUUACACUUCGUAAAUUCACACCUCUCUCUCUCUCUAGGCCCUCCUCUUCAAUUCAAGCAGUCUCUCUCCUAACCAUCAGCAGAACGACAGAAGAAGUAGCAGCGGAGGUCUUUCAUUUCAUACCCAGUUAGUUAAUAAACGGUUCCUCCUCUCUCCCCAUUUCACCCUUAAUUCCUAUCUUCUCCAAUUUUAUUCUACACUGUUGGUUUUCAGUCUCAUUAGAUCUAAACCUAACUACCCAUUUCUGAUUCUCACCGGUUCCGACGAUUUCGAAAGAUGAUUUCAUGGGGAGAUCUCUACACGGUCUUAGCCGCCAUGGUUCCUCUCUACGUGGCUAUGAUCUUAGCCUAUGGCUCAGUUCGGUGGUGGAAGAUUUUCUCGCCGGACCAGUGCUCCGGCAUCAACCGCUUCGUCGCUAUAUUCGCCGUUCCACUUCUCUCCUUCCACUUCAUCUCCACCAACAACCCUUACAAGAUGAACUUCCAUUUCAUCGCCGCCGAUACAUUGCAGAAGAUAAUUAUGAUCGUCGUUCUCGGCAUCUGGGCUAACUUUACCAGGAACGGAAGCCUUGAAUGGUUAAUCACAAUCUUCUCUCUUUCCACGCUGCCCAACACCUUGGUUAUGGGGAUCCCUCUCUUGAUAGCCAUGUAUAAUCCGGAGGCAGGCAAUCUCAUGGUUCAGGUCGUCGUGUUGCAGUGUAUCAUCUGGUAUACACUGCUUCUGUUCCUCUUCGAGUACCGUGGCGCGAAGAUGCUGAUCAUGGAGCAGUUCCCUGAUACCGCAGGGUCGAUCGUCUCGUUCAAGAUCGACUCCGAUGUCGUGUCGCUCGACGGCCGGGACUUCUUGGAGACGGAUGCGGAGAUCGGAAACGAUGGGAAGCUUCACGUGACUGUGAGGAAGUCGAAUGCGUCAAGAAGGUCGCUUGGACCGGGUUCACUCUCGGCAUUGACGCCUCGCCCAUCCAAUCUCACCGGGGCAGAGAUUUACAGCUUGAGUUCGUCGAAGAAUCCAACGCCGAGGGGUUCGAAUUUUAACAACUCGGAUUUCUAUUCAAUGAUCGGACUUCAAGGCUUCCCAGCGAGGCAGUCCAAUUUUGGACCGGGAGACUUGUAUUCAGUACAGUCAUCGAGGGGUCCGACCCCGAGGCCGUCGAAUUUCGAGGAGAAUUGUGCCCCAGCUGCAGCAGCAGCAUCCGUCACCUCUCCUCGCUUCGGCUUCUAUCCUGCUGUGCCGACUGCGAGCACUUAUCCUGCGCCGAAUCCGGAGAUUUCUUCAACCGGCACCAAAAGCGCAAAGAAAGAGCAGCAACAGCAGCUGCAGCAGACGACGACGCAAGCGCAAGGACAGGGCAAAGCGAACCACGAUGCCAAGGAACUUCACAUGUUCGUAUGGAGCUCCAGCGCUUCGCCAGUGUCCGAAGGCGGUGGGCUCCACGUAUUCGGUGCGACGGAGCAAUCUGGACGCUCUGAUCAGAGCGCCAAGGAGAUCCGGAUGUUAGUAGGUGAUCACCCUCAAAAUGGUGGGAACAAAGAGGUCUUUGGUGGGGAGGACCUCCGUUUCCCGGGUGGAAGAGGAAUGAUGAUGGGUGAAGGAGAAGAGGACGGAGAGAAAGAAGGGGCGACUGGCCUUUCCAAGCUGGGGUCGAGCUCGACUGCUGAGUUACACCCGAAAGCUGUGGGAACGACAGAAUCCGGCGCCGGGAAACAGAUGCCACCGGCAAGUGUGAUGACCCGGCUUAUUCUAAUCAUGGUUUGGCGCAAGCUAAUCCGGAACCCAAACACGUACUCGAGCCUCAUCGGUGUCGUCUGGUCUCUCAUCGCUUUUCGGUGGGAUCUGUCUAUGCCCAAAAUAAUAAAGGGUUCAAUCUCUAUACUCUCCGAUGCUGGUCUCGGCAUGGCCAUGUUCAGCUUAGGGCUGUUCAUGGCACUCCAACCGAAGAUAAUCGCCUGCGGGAACUCGGUGGCCGCCUUCGCCAUGGCCGUCAGGUUUCUGACGGGUCCGGCCGUAAUGGCCGCGGCUUCUAUUGCAGUUGGCUUACGCGGCCAGCUCCUCCACAUCGCAAUUGUACAGGCCGCUCUUCCGCAGGGGAUCGUCCCUUUUGUGUUCGCCAAAGAAUAUAACGUCCACCCAACCAUUCUCAGUACUGCGGUGAUAUUUGGGAUGUUAAUAGCGCUGCCAAUCACUCUGGUCUACUAUAUUGUUCUUGGGUUAUGAGAAAUUGAGGAGAUAGAUGUUAACAGCUACGUACAGAAACAGAAAAUAGAAAAGAAGAAUUGGGUUUGUAAUACAAGCGAAAGUUGACUCAAGCCGGAAAAUGCCAUUAGGGAGGUCAAUUCUCCGGCAAGCGAUGACCUUCGUAAUGUAUGUACCAAGCUUUAAUUUGACGCCUUUCCCCAUUCUCCUGUCCAAUUUUUGUAAACAAAGGAAAGGCUGACUGACUCAUGAAACCCACCCCAGAUAAGAAGACAAACCUCCCUAAAUGGGCAACGAAUACCUGUGUUAAAUUGGAUCCUAAGAACUCUACUUCCGAGUUGAGAAGGUGAAGGAAAAGGAGAGUUGGUCAAGCACCACUUGGACAAAAACAGAGGAAACGAGGAUUGGCCGAUUGGGUGGUCGAUGUCGAUCGAUUCUUUGUUUUCUAAUUUGUUUUCAUUUUCUUUUAGAUUCUUGUGUGUAUUCCGGGCUAAAACAUUCAUCUUUCUUCCUCGGAAACUAACAAACCACCCAAGCAAUGAAGUAUCAGAUCGUUUUACUCUUAAA